AAGAUAACGCGUGUCGCUCACGGAGGUCAGUCGACAGUCGGGAGGAGAUUGUGCAUGCCUGUGGAGAACGCACGAACACUCGCACUGAAAGUUGCUCGGGUUCCUUAAUUAAAACCGCAAGAUCUUAUUUCGCAAGAACGUGAAAGAUUGGCAAAUCGAUAUGCUGCGCCUAAUCUUGGUAGCGGCAGUCGUAAGUUUGACGGCGGCAAAGCCCACGGCAGAGGAUCCGGUAGAUCCCGUCGAAAGUCCACAGGCCGCCGCAGAGGCACUGCAGAACGCUCAGAAUGUCCUGGAACGCAUCGACGCGGAAUACGCGAAAUGGAGCAACAAGCAGAGCCUCGCUGGAUGGAAUUACGCGUCGAACCUGACGGACGAGAAUCUGGCCGAGAAGUUGAACGUGUCCACGACGGCUGCGCGUGUCAUGAAGCAGAUCGCCGAAGAAGUAAACGCUUUUCCUUGGAGGGACUUAGAGGAUGAAAAUAUUAAAAGACAAUUCAACAAGCUCGGUAUACUCGGCGUCGCCGCGCUUCCUGAAGAUAAAUACAAAGAAUUCGAAUCGACCAUCAGCCAAAUGGAGAAUAUCUACAGUACUGCGAAGAUAUGCGACUAUAAGAAUAAGAGCAAAUGCGAUCUCGCGCUUGAGCCGGAAAUCACCGAAAUUCUGAUGCACAGCCGCGAUCCCGAGGAGUUGAAACACAUCUGGAUGGAAUGGAGGAAAGCUUCGGGUGAACAGGUCAAAUCUUUAUAUCCCAAAUACGUCGAAUUGGCCAACACCGCGGCGAGGCUCAACAACUUUUCCGAUUACGCGGCGUACUGGAUGAAGGAUUACGAGGCCGAUGACUUUCCCGAACAAAUCGAGACCCUCUGGCAACAAUUAAAACCGCUGUAUCUGCAGUUGCACGCUUACGUCCGGCGCGAGCUCAGGAAGAAAUACGGCGAGGACAUUAUUUCCAAGGACGGCCCGAUUCCAGCACACUUGUUGGGCAACACCUGGGCUCAGACAUGGGCGAAUAUCGCGGAUUUUACCGUACCAUUCCCAGGCAAACAGUUGCCGGACGUUAGCGCCGCUUUAGUCGAACAAGGUUACAACGCAACAAGCAUAUUCCGACUUGCCGAGAACUUCUUCAAGUCAAUCAAUCUGUCCGCCAUGCCGGAUACAUUCUGGGAAAAAUCGAUCCUGUUGAAGCAGAAGGACGUAAACAUGAUUUGCCACGCGAGCGCGUGGGAUUUUUAUGACAGCAAAGAUUUCAGGAUCAAGCAGUGCACGCGCAUCAACAUGGAGGAUUUGUUGACGGCGCAUCAUGAAAUGGGUCACGUCGAGUAUUAUUUGCAAUACAAAGAUCAGCCCACUGUCUUCAAAGAGGGUGCGAAUCCCGGCUUUCACGAGGCGGUUGGCGAUGUCAUCUCUCUCAGCGCGUCCACCCCCAGCCAUCUCAAGAAGAUUGGACUACUGAAGGACGAUUCAACUGACCGGGAAGCAUUGCUGAAUCAUCUUUACGCGAAGAGUCUCGACAAAAUUGCUUUUCUGCCGUUCGCCUAUAUGAUGGAUCGAUGGCGCUGGAAUGUAUUCCAAGGAAAAGUGACAUCCGACAAUUACAACUGUAAUUGGUGGUCGCUUGCAGAAGAGUACCAAGGUAUUGAACCACCAGUGGAUAGGUCAGAAGAAGAUUUUGAUCCCGGCUCGAAAUACCACAUAAUCGCAGACGUUGAGUACAUAAGAUACUAUGUAAGCUUUGUGAUACAAUUUCAGUUCCAUAAAGCGUUGUGCAUUAAGGCGAAGCAAUACUGUCCAAUGAAUCCACACGCCAAUCCAUUGCAUCAAUGUGAUAUUUACGAUAAUAAGGAUGCUGGAAACCUGUUGAAAUCUAUGCUGGAGUUGGGUUCUUCAAAACCAUGGCCAGAUGCGAUGGAGAAAAUUGCAGGUCAAAGACGAAUGGACUCUGCUGGACUUUUAGAAUACUUCAAACCUUUAACCGAUUGGCUGACGGAAGAAAAUAAGAGAACUAACGAAUAUAUUGGAUGGAAACCCAGUAACAAACAAUGUGUACAGACGAGGGGAGAGCUUAGACUUAUUGACGAAUCUUCUGAAUAAUACAUUUCCUCCAUGGAUAUGGAAAAAUAAAAAUAUAUUUUGAAAUAAGUGACAGGGGAGAUAUUGUGUAAUCACAUUACAUUUCGACACAAAAUAAAUAACAGGAGAAAUAUACACAUCAUGCCAUAUUCACAUAUAAAUGUUAUUGCGAUCGAUUCGAUUAAGCAAAUGAACGAAUGUUAGCAAUAUAUCAAUCUUGUUUCACGUUUUUCUCUAAAUAAAAUUUACGUUCCAU